AUGGCCAUUUCUAGAAAAGGUUACAAUGACUCUUCAUCCUCAAAGAAAGUUAUAAACUUAUCAUCACGAAUACUGACGACAGCCGAAGAGAACGUGCUGAGCAAAGGAAUGAAGUACAAUCCAUCUGACUCCAACUACUUGAACUUCCUUGCCAGCUUCGAAUCCAUUAUAACUUCGGCAGGUCUUACAGAGGAAGAACAAUUUACAAUUCGCAACAGUACGGUACAGGCCUUGAAGAACAGAAACAAGUUCUCAACUUUGUCUGGCGAUGAAAAGAAAGCACUAAAUUCACUUAAAACUGAUGAAAACAUCAUCAUUCUGCCCGCUGACAAAGGAGGCUCCAUCACCAUAAUGAACAAGACGGAUUACACAGAGAAGAUGAUGAAACUAUUAAAAGACGAAUCCACCUACGAACCCCUAGAUGCUGACCCCACAAAAUCGCAGAAUACAUGCAUCGAGAAAACACUAAAGCGCCUUACAGGAAAGAAAUUAAUCUCAGGAGUUCUGGCUAAAUCCUUAAAACAAGACGAACCCACAAUUGCCAAAAUAUAUGGACUUCCUAAAGUUCACAAAGUAGGUAUUCCACUGCGACCGAUAGUCUCCUUAAUCGGUGCACCAAACUACAAGAUUUCUAAGUGGUUAUUUCACCAUCUGCAUCCACUUACAAAGGACUCUGAGAACUCCAUUGAAGAUUCGAAUCAGUUCCUAGACAAAUUAAAAGGAGUGACUGUUGCUGCCGACGAGAUAAUGGUUUCAUUCGAUGUAGUCUCCCUCUUCACCUAG